AUGACAUCGCCCAAAGUAUGGCUCCCUACACUCACACUCGCUUGGGGCGUGGUUGCGACGCUGCUGGGCGUCACUCAGAACAUGGCUGGAUUCUUCGCCGCACGCUUUGUUCUGGGCAUGACAGAGAGUGGCCUCUUCCCUGGGGUCGUUUUCUACCUCUCCAUGUGGUAUAGGCGGGAAGAACAGCACUACCGGGUUUCUCUCUUCUUUAGUGCUGCGUCUCUGGCGGGCGCUUUCGGUGGUGUCCUAGCAUGGGGCAUCGCUCACAUGAAUGGCGUCGGUGGUUUACAUGGUUGGCGUUGGAUCUUCAUCCUCGAAGGAAUUUUUACCGUGCUCGUAUCCCUCAUCUCAUACCGCUUCAUUUCAAACUAUCCCUCGACUGCAAAAUUCCUUACCGAAAAAGAAAGGGCAUGCGUCCACGCUCGUCUGGACGCCAGCAAUGACGCUACAAGGAACGAGGGUUUCACAUGGGGCAACGUCUUGAUGGCUGUGCGUGACCCAAAAGUUUGGCUUUACGGUCUGGGCUUCCACACCAUGAGUCUCCCUCUCUAUACACUCUCGCUCUUCUUACCAACUAUCAUCAAAGAGUUGGGCUUCACGGCAGCCCAAGCGCAAUUACUCACCGUCCCACCGUACGCAGUCGCGACCGCCCUUACACUCACCGUCGCUCUCUUAUCGGAGCGCUUCAAGCUCAGAGCACCCUUCAUCAUGGGCUCCGCAGGUCUUUCCGCUAUAGGAUACAUCGUUCUACUCACUCAAACAAAACCUGGCGUUGCCUAUUUCGGUACCAUCCUGGCAGCAGGGGGAAUCUAUCCUGCCACCGCCAUUGUGCUUUCUUGGCCCGCGAACAAUGUAAGCGGGCAAACCAAGCGCGCAACGGCGAAUGCAAUGCAGAUAUCCAUUGGAAACUUGGGCGCUGUUCUGGGCACCCAGCUUUAUCGAGCUACGGAUGGACCCAGGUACUUUCUGGGACAUGGGUUCGCGUUGGGUUAUCUGUGCGCCAAUAUCCUGGUCGUGGGCGCGCUGUGGGCAAUCCUGAGAGCAGAGAAUCGUAAAAGAGAUAAUGGCGAGAGGGAUGCCCGACUGGUCGGAGUGGGAGUUGACGAGUGGCUGGGCGAUGAGGAUCCGCGGUGGAGGUUCCAGACUUGA